AAGAGGCCCCGGGCCCCGCCUGCCCCGCCUCUCCCACUCUCCAGCCGGUCCCCGACCCCGGGUCCCGGCCUUCCCCUUUAAGGGCUGACCGCGCGGGGCCCAAAGUUGGGAUGACGCGUGGGGCGGGUCACGUGGGGGCCCCAGGCCAGUGCCUGUCAGCCGCCGUGGCCCGAGCUCCAAGUCCAGCUCGCGGCUCAGCCCCCCUAGUCCGGGCCACCGCCGCCGCCGCCGCAGCCAGGUGAUGGGCCCAGCCACAUACCUCUCUCUCUUCAUUAUCUUGCGUGAAGCUCUUUCUGAAUGAGGGGCCUUCCCUGAAAAGCCCUGUUUGUGGUCAUCACUUCCCACGGUCCCUGCUCCUGUCAUGGACCCCAAUGGCGAAGGGGGGGAGCAGAUACCUGAAGAAGAGACCUCAGGGCCUGGGCCUGGGGGAGCCAUCGGAAUGGGAAUCCAAGAGAAUGCCAGGGGUGGACCUCGGAGUCUGGCCCAUGGCAAGGUUGAGCCCAAGAAAUAUGCAGUCACUGAUGAUUACAAGCUGUCCAAGCAAGUGCUGGGCCUGGGUGUGAACGGAAAGGUCUUGGAAUGCUUCCACAAGGUGACAGGCCAGAAGUGUGCACUGAAGCUCCUGUAUGACAGUCCCAAAGCUCGGCAAGAAGUAGAGCAUCACUGGCAGGCCUCAGGUGGACCCCACAUUGUGCGCAUCGUGGACAUCUAUGAGAACAUGCACCACAACAAGAGGUGCCUCCUGAUUGUCAUGGAAUGCAUGGAAGGUGGUGAGCUUUUUAGCAGGAUCCAGGAGCGAGGCGACCAGGCUUUCACAGAGAGAGAGGCGUCGGAGAUCAUGAGGGACAUUGGUACAGCCAUCCAGUACCUGCAUGCCAUGAACAUUGCUCACAGGGACGUCAAGCCAGAAAAUCUACUCUAUACUUCCAAAGGGAAAGACUCAGUGCUCAAGCUCACAGACUUUGGGUUUGCCAAGGAGACCACCCAGAAUGCCCUCCAGACACCCUGCUACACUCCCUAUUAUGUGGCCCCUGAAGUGUUGGGUCCUGAGAAGUAUGACAAGUCAUGUGACAUGUGGUCACUUGGGGUUAUCAUGUACAUCCUUCUUUGUGGCUUCCCUCCAUUCUAUUCCAAUACUGGCCAAGCCAUUUCCCCUGGAAUGAAGAGAAGGAUUCGAAUGGGACAGUAUGGAUUUCCCAAUCCUGAGUGGUCUGAUGUUUCAGAAGAAGCCAAGCAACUGAUCCGGCUCUUGCUAAAGACAGAACCUACUGAAAGAAUGACCAUUGCUCAGUUUAUGAACCAUCCUUGGAUUAAUCAAUCAAUGGUGGUACCGCAAACCCCUCUUCAUACUGCCCGAGUCCUGCAGGAAGACAAAGACCACUGGGAUGAAGUGAAGGAAGAGAUGACCAGUGCCCUGGCCACAAUGCGGGUAGAUUAUGACCAGGUGAAAAUCAAAGACUUGAAAACCUCUAACAACCGGCUCCUUAACAAACGACGAAAGAAGCAGGCUGGUAGUUCCACAUCAUCUACAGGCUGCAACAACCAAUAAGGAGAAAGAGGCCUGAGGACUUAGGGGCCAGGGGCCUGAGGGAUGUCCAGCAGCUCGGCGACCAACUUUAUCCUCCCCAUCAUUUGGGGCAUGACUCAGGCUGGGCCUUGCAGUGUUGUGAGCCAGACCUGGCAGGCGCAGAGCAAGGAGAGAUUCAGAUUUCUGCCAAGACUCAGGACAAUUAGGUUUUAGGGCAUUUGGCCUUUUAAGUGAAAAUGGUUUUUUUGUUUGUUUAACAAAGUGUGAUAUGGGACUUAAAAAUUGUGGCGAUAAUGAUGGUAUUUGGGACUCCGCAGCUUUAGCCAUGCACCAAGGCAAGAGGGAGAGGGUUGGGUCAAAGUUGUUAGUUGGCCUUUUUUGUUUGUAGCAGCAAGAGUUUAGUUAUUUGGUGUUGGGUGGCUAUUCUCCAGGGUUUUUGGAAGGGGCUUAAUAUUCUCAUGUUAGUGCCUCCAUUACUCCCUAGGUAUGCCCUCAAGGAGAGAGGAACCUGUCUAGUUUGAAAUAUCUUUGCAAAGCAAAAUACCUUGAGGAGCUAGAGCUAAUCAAGAUGUAGCUUUUUCCUCCUCCUCCUCCUCCUCCUCCUCCUCUUCUUCUUCUUCUUCUUCUUCUUCUUCUUCUUCUUCUUCUUCUUCUUCUUCUUCUUCUUCUUCUUCUUCUUCUCUCUUCUCUCUCUUUUUUCAGUUUUAUAGGUUUUCCUAACCACACUAACUACUUUGAAAGCUAAAAUUCCAAAUUUUACUGUUGUUCUGUCCUUUUUCCUGUCCCCUCCCGGCCAAGAAGAUGAGGAAAUUGUCAGAUAGAGAAGGGAUCUAGGCUGCACAAUGGCCCUAGAACAGAGCUGACACCUUCCCCAGUGACUGAGAGACAGCUCGAGUGCUGCCUGAGACCCGUGAUUUCUGAAUGGGUGGUCACUUCAUAUCCCUCUCAGCUUCCUUUCUUUCUCUGUCCCUUCCCCUUUUUUCUCCAUUUUUGCUCUUAAACACUUUGCAGAAUUUCUCUUCCGGCCAUGCUCAUUCUCUUCAAAUUGUUUGGAACUGUUGGGUGGAGAGAGGAGGAAGCUGGUGGCUGUUGUGUGGGGAAGGAUGGCUGCUUGCUUUUCCUCUGUUAUUUCUCUAACACUUAGCCAGCCCAACCUGCCCCAAAGGACACUUUGAGGAAGAAGAAAAUCUAAGAGAAGAGGCCUCCAUUGUAGCCCUCUUGCCUUACCCUGGUCCCAAAUGAUCCCGGAUGAUUCUUCACUCAUCUUGAAGUUGUGGGUUUACCAGAACUAAAGUAACCCUGUGUGCUAGGGUUUACCUGGUCUUUGUCUGUAACUGAAUGGUGGGGCUGGGGUGAGGGGAUUCUGAGAUGAGUUUGGAGAGAGUCCUGGGGGUGAAGGAUGCUUUUAAUUCAUUCCAACUUUGCCAAAUGUCACUGUGACAAAAUACCAGCUAAAUUCCUUUGUCUAAACCAAACCCAGGGAGAAAACAGACUAUGUGUUUUCUAUGCAUAUUUAUGCAAAUUUGGUUUUUAUCUUCUCCUUACUCAGGCCCUUGUUUGGACUAGAAGAUGACAUUAUCUUCGUGUGUGUGUGUGUGUGUGUGUGUGUGUGUGUGUGUGUGUAUGUAUGUUGGGGGAGGUGUGUAGGUUGGGCCAUCCUGCUCUGUUUUAAUCAGAUGGUGCCUUUUCUGAAUUAAAGGUUUGGCUUAUGGCCAAAGGGCCUGCUAAUUAAAUUUUCAAGAGAGUUUGAAGGGGUCAGCCUGGACUUCCAGAGGACACGGGUAUGGUUUGGCUCCCUGGACUAGAGAAUCUCUUAGCAGCGACAUACAAAGUCCGCCCUGCAUUUGCUGCAAGGAAGCUUCAGGUGGAUGGGGAUAACCUGGAGCCCUUUUCCUGGCCUGGGCUCCCUGAGGUUAGAAAACAUCUACCAGUUCCUAUUCAAAAAGCCACUAGGAGUUUCACCUACUGAUUUCUAUUAAAUUGUGUUUUAUCUUUUUCCA